AUGACCAGACCGGAACAGAUCGGAAUGGACUGGAACGGUACCGUUUCUAUUCUAUUUGAUCGAGGUUCAUUGUUCACUUCCAAUUUCUGGAAGGCUUUGCAGUAUGGUUUGGGUACCCAGUUAGAUAUGAGUAUAGCGUUCAAUCCUUAUACAGAUGAUCGGUCUAAGCGGACGGUUCAGAGAGUUCGAGCCCUAGUGUUCAUGAAGGGUGAUCAUGUUUGGCUCCAAGUGUCGCCCAUGAAGGGUGUGAUGAGGUUUAGAAAGAAGGUAAAACUUAGCCCUAUAUUCAUUGGACCCUUUGAUAUUUUGAGUCGUGUGAGAGAGGUGGUCUAUAAGUUGGCCUUGCCGCCUAUUUUGUCAAUUGUGCAUCAUGUGUUUGAUGUUUCCAUGCUUCAAAAGUACGUGUCGGAUGAGUCAUAUGUACUUUCCCUUGAUUCAGUUGAGUUGGGUCCAGACUUAUCUUUUGAGGAGGAUCCUAUAGCCAUUUUGGAUAGGCAGGUUCGGAAGCUUAGGACCAAAGAUAUUGCUUCAGUGAAGGUGCAUUGGAAGCAUCAUUCAGUUGGUGAGGUGACUUGGGAUACGUAG